AUGGGAUCCGACAAAUCAUCGUCACUGUCACGAUCAGAAGGUGGUGUUUAUGAUGUGGUUCAGGCUGAGAUUCGAAUCAACAAUCAACCCGAAAGCAAUGGAAAUGUCGUCAGCAACGAUUUGUAUCCAAUGAAUGGCCAUUCAACGUUAGACUCACGCGACGGCAGCGAUUCAUCAAAGAGAAGGCUUUCACCCAACGAAAAGUCAUAUUUCUUGGCAAGAGAAAUUUUAAUGACUGAACGAACAUAUAAAAAGGAUUUAGACAUUUUGAAUACAUGGUUUCAAGAUGAACUACCGCCCGAAAAUGUUGAAUCGCUACAGCCACUGUUUCAGCUAAUCGAAUCAAUGACCCAACAUCAUGGUGUAUUUUUGCGCGAUCUUGAACAUCGCAUCCUACUCUGGGAGAAUCGGAAUAUGACUGAAAACCAUCACAUCGGCGACAUUAUGCUAAAAAGCAUGGUAGUGCUGCCAGUAUACGAAGAGUAUUUAGAGAGUCAUCGAGAAUUUUUGGAACGCCUCAAUGAUCUAUAUGAAACCGAUGAACCUUUCCAACAGAUUUAUCGCGAAUUCGAACAGCAGAAAAUAUGCUACGUUCCGAUUGGAACGCUCGUACUGAAGCCAUUGCAUCGUUUGCUGCACUAUCAACUGAUUUUGGAAAAAUUACUGGAAUUUUAUCCGGAAGAUCAUCCGUGUCAUGCCGACUGUCAAGGUGCAUUGGUCAUGAUAUCACGAACAACUGAAAAUGUACGACAAAUUCUGGAAGAUUCAGAAAAUUUCCAGUUAUUAUGCGAAUUACAACGAGAUUUGGGCGGUUUUGCACUGCUAGCCAAUAACAGUCGUGUGUUUAUUCGGCAAGGAUGCCUUUUGAAACAUUCCAAACGCGGUUUGCAACAACGCAUUUUCUUUUUGUUUUCGGAUGUACUAUUGUACGGCAGCAAAUCGCCAGCCACUCAACAGUUCAAAAUGCUCGGCCAUGUUGCGCUUCGAUCACUUAUCACCGAGAAUGCGGAGCACAACGCAUUCAUCAUCUAUGGCGGACAAAAGGCAAUCACAGUCAGCGCCGGAACAACCGCCGAGAAAACUUUAUGGCUGGCCGAGCUAUCCAAGGCAUCAGCUGAAAUCAAGUCAAAGCCACAUGUUCAACUCAAUCUGGGAACAUUGAAGAAUUGCAGUUCAUCUGAGGAGGGCUUAGAUACAUGUGCACAAUCGAACAAAUCACCGACUGGAUCGACAGCAUCAGCUGUGCGAAGCAAUAAUGCCAUUCACGUGUGUUGGCAUCGCGGUGCAACGGUUAGCUUGAGAGAUUUUAUCGUUUCAUCCGAGAAUCAGUUGUCUGGCUAUUUACUGAGGAAGUUCAAGAACAGCUCGGGCUGGCAAAAGCUAUGGGUCGUAUUCACAUCGUUCUGCUUGUUUUUCUACAAGAAUUAUCAAGAUGAAUUUGCACUGGCCAGCCUGCCAUUGCUGGGAUAUUCCGUGGGCCCGCCCAGUUUCCAAGAUACUAUCCAAAAAGAGUUCGUGUUCAAGCUAUCGUUCAAAAAUCACGUGUACUUUUUCCGCGCUGACAGUGAACACACAUACAAUCGCUGGAUGGAAGUGCUACGAAGUACAACGCAAACGCAAGAAUUCAAAAAUACUCGCGGAACGCAUUAA